CUGAAUAUAGCUCGAUACAGAAAGGCAGUCUACAAUUCACUGUGGGUGCAGGUAACAUUGCUUGUUUGUUAUCUGCCUUUUGGUAUAGCUAUGGCCUUAAGGCCUGAGACGCCUGAAAAAAGUGAGAUAACUUCCUCGGUUUACCUCGCGGGGGAUAUUACACUCUCUUUUGUUUUAGCAAACUCGUCAUUAAACCCCUUUCUUUAUUGUUGGAGGAUCAGAGAGGUAAGGAAAGCAGUUAAAGAGACAAUCAGACACUUUUUCUGUUCAUCGAAUUAGGUUAUAUGCUAUGUUGUAUUCAUUAACUGGACGUCGGGCAGUAAGGGUAUAUCGCGUAAUGGAAACCCGAUCUCGGAGCUAAAGAUUUCGUACAGCGUUAAUAAAGCAAUGAAACAAUAGGAAAUUUUGCAAACAUUAUUUUUCAUCGACAAGUAAGUCAAUUAUUAUCUUCAAUCUCAUUGUGCUUUCAAUAUGUUGGUUAACGAGGAUAAAAUAUAUAGAACGUAAUGUAGACUCGAUCAUCUUAAAAAUCGUGUAACCCCUGGCUUUUAAACAGCAAAUCAGAAGAAGUUUCGUAAAGCUGUAAGAUAAUCCUCGUCAUCUUCAUACUCAAGACGUCAACCGGCAAGACGAACUAUGUUUGGAAAGUCAAGCGAGGAGGACGAAUAGUUCAAUACUAUCUGAAUACAGCGAAAAAUUGACAGAAAAAGUACUCCUCUAAGUACGUAAUAAGUCUUCUUUGUUACCACGGAAAUUAAUCUCACAAAGAGAAUGUCUUAAUAGACACAAUUUCUUUCAAUCAUUGAUUAAAAUGGACAAAAAUCAGGACUCUAUGUGAAAUUGGUGCCAUAACUCAAAUGUAACUGUCACAUCGGGGAGAUUUAUUUCGAUCUUUAUGGAAAAGUAAACACUGAGUUUUUAAUGUUAGUACAGUGUUGAUAUCUCUGAUGAAAAAUUCGGGUCAGCCUACUGGUACCAAAAGCAAAACACAUAAUUCACAAUUUAAAAACAAGAUGGAAUUUUCAGUAUUUUUUUCAAACAAUUAGUACAUGUCAGGUAGGAUAACGUACUGUAAAAUUUUGUUAAUCAAUGAAGAUUCGGGUCAAACAUAGCAGCUGUUUAAAGAGCAUUAUUUCACUGAAUUGAUCUGCAUUUUAACAAAAUUUGAAUAUUUAGGGGGCAGUCUGGUUAAAAGCAUUAUUUUUCGUUGACUCCCACCUUUUUCUUAAAUAUCUAGCCAAGAUUUCAUUCAAUUAAAAAACGACUCGGCGUUGGAGUCCUUAAUUCAAUUAUUUUCUAGGAUUUUCGGAUGAUCAGUGUUUCGAAUGUUUUAAAUGUCUAAAAAUUAGGGGGAUGUUUGAAAUUUUGGGAAAAUUGGAAACUAAUAGAUUUGUGGGUUGUUUAAAAUUAAGAUAUGAGGUGAAUAAUUAGUAGACAAAUACCAGACAGUCCACAACACCACAAGCUGCCUUUGAUCCCUUUAGGGGACUAACUGGUUUAUGUGUAUACUUUUUCUACCCUUAUUUGUUUCCUUCCCAAAUCAACAUCAUUUUCUAAAAAAAAAAAACAACCGUAAUGUCCCCUUGAAUAGUACAGAUACUAAAGCAUACUAAAAAAAUUACAGUCAUGUUGUAGUAAGUAUCACGUGGGAUUUAUUACAAGAUUUCAACGUCCUUUUGAAGGUCUUUGUACUGUUUAUAUUUUAAUUAGCAAAUUGAGCACAGAAUAUUAUGUUAAUUAGUUGGUUGGACGUGGUCAGACGUUUUUUGAUGAGUGCUUAAAUUGCGUGUCAUUACGUCAUUACUAUGAUCCUAACUAAAUAUACUAGGAAAGGAAAUUGUUGAUCUCACGUACGAUACAGUGAAGGACUAUAUCAAAAAACACAAUAGCGACAAACUUUUCUUGUUUUAAGAAAAUUUAAAAAAGUCUCUAUUUCUAUUUUUACUUAAUGAAUUAUAGCAUUACACUUAAGUUACAUUUAUCAAAUCUAUUAUCACGUUCAGUGUAAUCCAGGCUUUUAGUGACAGAUUUGAGAAAAAAACAUGAAUUUAAAAUGUCCCAAUGACAGAUACUAGGUUUAGUUCUUAACAGUGUUAACUUCUCUCGAAAUUUCACAACUUGUAGAUUUUCUUACUCUCUAAGCAUCCUUCUUAUACACAUCAAUAUUUACCCCUGAUUACCUCGAUUUAUACGGGUUUUAAGCAAAAUUGAAGAUAUUUAAUUGAUUCAAAAUGGCGGAUCAAAGAUGGUGAAUGAUUCAAGAUCCUUCUAAUAAAUGACGUCAUCGUGGCAUCACUGCUAUUGUUAAAGAUAACUAAUGUGUCAGCCAACGUCUUGAUCUUGUCACAUGCCUUACUAUUUAUGUAAUUUUCAUUUUGAGAGGAAAAAUUGAUGGAAUUUUUCAUUCUGCCAAUAAUUAGUUCAACAAAAUGACGUAAUCAUGGCAUCAAAUACGUCAUUGUGUCAAUCAAGUUAUGCUUAGACGGUGGCCAUGGAAAUGUGAGGAGUUCAUUUGGUGGCUGUACCACAAGGUGCAAAACAAAGACCUGGUAUGAUAGGGUUAACAGACCUUAUAACGGGUUGAGUGCUCAAUGGCUCAUCAUGACCAAGACAGCAUAUUUAACUGUUAUUUACUUUUUAAAAAAUAGAGAGAAUAUGAGGAGAAAGCUAGUCUAAAGAAUUCUGUUAUAACCCUGCUUCGCCCUCAAAAGAUAGUUGAACACUUUAGUAAAGAUAACGAAGGCAAACUUAAAUGAUUAAAAGAGAACGUACAUGGUAUUUGUAGAAGAUUUCACUGUAUUUUAUAACUCCACUGCCCUAACUUAUUCUUCUGUUUCCGGGCCGAUAAAUACCCUUUCUACGCUUGUGUUGUACUUCGUACGUGACUGGUUAGACAAAUACUAAUAGUGUUAUACAGCAUGAGGACCCGCAAGACUUAGAGAUCGGCGAAGUCGGUCAUCUGAAAUGACCGAUUGCGCAAUGUAAAACAAAAGACGUGUUGACAACUCAUAGAAUACGAUCCUCUCUAAGGGCCUGUUUACAUGGAGGUGGGGGACCCUAGGUAGGUGAGGUAACCCGCUUAGGUGGGGUAACCCGCCUGUCCAUACAAUCUCUCAUUUUAAUGUGAUCACGUUUACAUGUUAGGUGGGGUAACCCGCAACACGUUACCUCACCUACCUGGGGUCCCCCACCUUCAUGUAAACAGGCCCUAAAUCAUCACGACUGAAUGUUUCAUUUUAUUCACAAGUCAUCGUUUGACAGCUUAACCAAAUUAAUUAGAAAUUUGAUUCAUUGCACUCAAUGGAAACACAGAAAAAAGCGCGUGGGACCUUUCAAAGCAAGCCGCGACAAACGGCGAGUAAAACGCGUGAACAAUUUUGCGUGUGAGCUGCAAAUGCCGAGUUAAAAACUAUUUUUCAUGUGAAUGAAAUAUUUAGCUAAAAGCGAGCCGGAAAACUAAAUGCACGCCGUAACAAUUAUUCCGAAACCAAAUCUUACAUAGAAUUCUUUAGUCAGUUUGCGAAGGUUAACGAAAAUCUUUUAGUACAAUAUUUAUUUUGCCAAGGGAAGGCCUCGUUGCUUGAGCGACUAUAAACUGCGAGAAGUCUAUUAUUUUCCUUUACAAAACCGCGAACUGCUAAAUGCGGGCGUCUCGACCUUCACUGAUUUCACUGAAAAGCUUUGGCCGAAAACGGAAAGCGCGGGCAUGGGAAGUCUCUGGCACCCAGGGUAAAUUCUCUAUUCUAAAGUUGUUGUUUACAAUCUCGCUAGCUGGAAUAAGAACUAAACAGAUUUUAAGAGAAAAGGCGGGCUACAAACAGUCUAGAAAGACUUUCUUAAAUGUGAUCUAUUAGAAUUGCUGUAUGUAAUGAUUAACGAUUUCAACUUUCGGUAUAUGAGGGACCAGCCGAAACACGACUUAAAAACUCGUAAUGUUGUGAGACGUGACCUCAGAGUUUGCUUGAACAACAGGGGUUUUCCUUCUUUCCCUCGUCGCGCGUUGGUCACCAUGCCGCACAUGGAGCGUUCUAAAAUUGUAUUUUUUCCGCCGCACUGAGACCAACCUCGUCCCCAGGGCUUUUCCCUUAAAAAACGGGUGGGGCGGGAAAAGGCCCUGGCAUCGGCUGGUCACGUGUCCCCUCGUACACCCUAAAAUCCUGGGUGUAAUAAAUUAGCGCUAUGUGAAAAGCUAAAAUUAUGCGUAACCUCACAGCGCACGAUCUUGGGCGGCCUUUUAUAUCUCUUGACGAUUAACGAAAAGUUUUACAAGAUUUCUUUUUUGUCACAGAUACUGGCUAUGGUAAUUUUUUGCUUUCCUCCGAUUUCUAUGAAGGGGACAGCGAGCGGUAACAUUUGUAAAACUUCCUUUAUAGAGCGAUAUAAAUGACAAACAAGCUAUCGUACAUGCAUAAAGUUUGUACUGCAAAAGUCCGUUUUCUCGACUCUUUUGAUAUUUUAUUUUAUUUCUUGCGAAGUGGACCGCCGUACACAACCUAGUUCUAUUCAACUUAACUAUCAGCCAUAUCAUAGCGUCACGCGUUGGUUUAGACUUAUCUUGUAUGACCUGUCUUUUUAAAAAUUCAUUGACCUCUGCGAGACUUGACCGAAACCGGAAACCGCGCAUGAAAAGUUUCUGGCACCCAGGGUAUCAAACGACUGGUAACAAAGAAAGACUUGGGUCCAUUUAAAAUUGACAGAGCUGUAGUUGAUUCCAAUCGAUCGGUCAAUCUUCCCUUUGAUAUAAGGAAAAUCCUUUGUACUUAUCCUCGGAAGAGAAAAGAUAUAAGAGAUCUUAAAAUGUUUCAGAUCGGCGACCUGUCAUCGUUCCUGGCUGGAGGGCUGACUUGCAUCCGGCGCGGAGAUUUGUUUGUUUCAUGGUCGGGUUGUAGAGAAGACCAGACUCCAUCAUAAAGUAUUUUGAUGAACAAUUCUAUUUCAAUUAAGUCCAAUUUGUUUAAAUUCACUGCAGAUCCUAGAGGCAAAGGCCCGCAUUUUUGUUUGACAUUGGUCAAAAUCACUUUCUGCUUGAUCGUACAGUCACGAUGAAUUUCAGUCGAAGUACUACUCGAUAACAGCUUGUCUCAACUCUGAAGCAUUUGACAUAUUUUGUACGUGACAACGUAGAGCCGGUUCUUGUAGCAUUUGAAUAAUACGCAAUUAAAGGGAUCUUAAGCUUUUGAAUCGCACAGACGCGAAAAUAUUGACAUACAGUUCGCGAUAUUAUUAUUUUCCAUUGUUGCUCCGUUCGACUUCUGUCAGCGCAAAACCAGCGGGUUGCAUAUAAAUUAGCUUCUCAGGAAUAUUUAGGCUGUGCACGUGACCAGCCGAUGCCAGGGCCUUUUCCCGCCCCACCCAUUUAAGGGAAAAGCCCUGGGGACGAGGUUGCACUGAGACUUACAUUUAGCGGUCAUGAAAAUGGUCUAUGCAAAAAAAGGCGGCCUGCAAGCAGUCUAGAAAAACUCUCGUAAUUGUUUGAAAUAAACACGACUUACAAACUAGUAAUAAUGUGAGACGUGACCUUAGAGGUCCUUAGCGUUUACUUGAACAACAGGGGUUUUCUUUGUCGCGCUUUGGUCACUAUGCCGCGCGUGGAGCGUUCUAAACUGUUACUGAGUGAAUCUUAUUUUUUCCGCGACACACAUUUCGAGGUCAAGAAGAUGGUCCAUGUAUAUUGGGUAAUUAUUUUCUAAAAAUAAAGAUUUUAGUUUCUUUUGUUUUCACUCAAGAUCAUUUUUUAGACGCUGAUGCAGUCCAUUAAGUUUUUCUUGGAACAAGUGAGUCUUUGAACUGGAGCGCCAUUUUUUUCCGUAGGUAUUAAAGUAUUAUGCCUGCAAAGAUUGCAGUCAUAAGCCUAAAAAUGGUCAAAGUUAAGGAAAAGGAUUGAUUAAUAUUAGAUUUCAAAAGUUUCUACAUUUUUAAAUCUUUAUGAUAUGAGUUUUCAUAUGAGCGAAAAGCUUUUAGACACAUAAACUUAUAAAGUUCAUGGUGCCUCCAGUUGAUUUUUUGCUCUUCAAGGGCUAUUGCUUGAACAAAGCCUUCUGGAGCAUCUAAAGGUCGGUAGUUGUUAAAAUGAUAAUACUAGGUCAAUAAAUACAUGUUUCAAUACGAAGGAAAACUAUUACUUGUUCAUUCCCCUACAGUUUAAGGCAAAACGCAAUAGAAUCCAGCCAUAUCCUAAAUGCACAGAAAAAGAUACAAAACUCAACAGAAAGGACAAAUAGAAUAGCAUAGAGUUCAUGCCAUUAUCAAUAACAACCCUUUAUGAUCGAUCCAGUGUAACUGUAAACAACAAUAUUUUCUAAAUGACCGAUUGUCAGUAAGAGAAGUAUAAUGUCAAAAACCCAUUCCCAAGACCUACUCACUUAAGAUGACCAUUAGAUACGUUUACAGGUGAAUUAAAAAUGUGAUGAAUUUCUAACUCACAGAAACACGGGCGACACACCUAGUGUUCUGUUGCAUUUCACAAUUUGCACUUAGGAGUCGCAGAACAUCAUGGCAUUAUCAAAAACCUACUCACCCAAGAUGACUAUUAGAUACGUUUGCAGGUGAAUUAAUAAUGCCAUGAAUUUCUAACUCACAGAAACACGGGCGACACACCUAGUGUUCUGUUGCAUUUCAAAAUUUGCACUUAGGAGUCGCAGAACAUCAUGGCAUUAUCAAAAACCUACUCACCCAAGAUGACUAUUAGAUAAGUUUGCCGGUGAAUUAAUAAUGCCAUGAAUUUCUAACUCACAGAAACACGGGCGACACACCUAGUGUUCUGUUGCAUUUCACAAUUUGCACUUAGGAGUCGCAGAACAUCAUGACAUUAUCAAAAACCUACUCACUCAAGAUGACUAUUAGAUAAGUUUGCAGGUGAAUUAAUAAUGCCAUGAAUUUCUAACUCGCAGAAACACGGGCGACACACCUAGUGUUCUGUUGCAUUUCACAAUUUGCACUUAGGAGUCGCAGAACAUCAUGACAUUAUCAAAAACCUACUCACUCAAGAUGACUAUUAGAUAAGUUUGCAGGUGAAUUAAUAAUGCCAUGAAUUUCUAACUCACAGAAACACGGGCGACACACGUAGUGUUCUGUUGCAUUUCACAAUUUGCACUUAGGAGUCGCAGAACAUCAUGGCAUUAUCAAAAACCUACUCACUCAAGAUGACUAUUAGAUAAGCUUGCAGGUGAAUUAAUAAUGCCAUGAAUUGCUAACUCACAGAAACACCGGCGACACACCUAGUGUUCUGUUGCAUUUCACAAUUUGCACUUAGGAGUCGCAGAACAUCAUGGCCGUAUCAAACACCCACUCUUGAAUACAUACAGAUCGAUGAAAAAGAAGAAGUUCUUCUUAAAGUUAAAUUUUGCCCUUUAAAAAAACAUAUUGUAGUGUUUUCUGUCAAAAAAAUUCCACUUUUCUUUAAGACCUCUGUAUGCCUAAUCACAUUUGCAAGACAGUUUCUGAGAUCAUCCUUUAUGAAAAAAAAAAACAUUAUUAGCCAUUGAAAAGUGACAGGAAUUA